UACAGGAGUCUAUGAGGAGGGCGGAUGUGAGACUCAUUCAGUCUCUCAUCAGCAGCAGCAUCGUCAGCAUCAACUGAGGUGUGUCUGGAGCUGCAGACAGACAGACUGACAGACAGAUCACCGCUAGACCGACUGAAAACGACCCCGCUGGUACCGACCAUGGCGUCCAAAUGUCCAAAAUGCGACAAGACGGUGUAUUUCGCGGAGAAGGUGUCAUCUUUAGGGAAGGACUGGCACAAGUUCUGUCUGAAAUGUGAGCGCUGCAACAAGACGCUGAAUCCAGGAGGCCAUGCUGAGCAUGAUGGGAAGCCUUACUGCCACAAGCCUUGCUACGCCGCCCUCUUUGGACCAAAAGGCGUGAACAUUGGCGGAGCUGGUUCCUACUUGUACGACAAUCCUGUCAAUGAAGCUCCUGCAGCUGUUUCCAUGGAAACAGAUGCCAAACCAGAGGAGGGAAAAAAAGCCCCCGCUCGGGGACCUGUGAAGGCUGCAAGUUUCUCAUCUUUCUCUGGAGGACCCAACAUCUGCCCCAGAUGCAACAAGACGGUAUAUUUUGCUGAGAAAGUGUCGUCUCUGGGGAAGAACUGGCACCGGCCUUGUCUGCGCUGUGAGAGGUGCAGUAAGACUCUGGCAGCAGGCAGCCACGCAGAGCAUGAUGGACAGCCUUACUGCCACAAACCAUGCUAUGCUGUGCUGUUUGGACCCAAAGGUGUAAACACUGGAGGCGUCGGCAGCUACAUCUAUGAUGAUCCUGAAGCUGAGGCACAGCCUUGAACCUUGAUGCUGCCUCCACCAUGCAGACAAACCUCCAGGACCCUCCAUGUCUCGUUGAUUUGCCUUCAGUGGUCAUUAUGACAAACGAUAUGUACUGCACUCACAGGGAUGGAUACUUAGAUCUUUAUGUUGUAUUUGUAUAUUGUUUAUAUAUCUAUUUUUUGUACUGAAACAAACCUUUAAUAUGUCCUCCCGUGUGAGUUUCAGAUCUGCCUUUACAUUUCUUGGUUCUCUUUGCCAAAUAGUUAUUAGCCGAUUACUGUUGUGGAUUACAGUGACUAUCAAAAAUAUUCAACCCUCUUUGAAGUUUUCUCCUUUUAUGGCUUUUCAGCAUUGAACCAUGUUUAGUACAAGAAAAGUAUUCAGAGAGCGCAAUACUCCACCAAAGCUGCUCAGUCAUUGUAUCAUUUCCGACAGCUAAACAGCUUGAAAAAUUUGUGGCAGAAAUCACAGCACUGUAGAAUGUGGCUGUUUAAUAUAGAUGUACCCACAAACAAAAUGGCCUUGCUCUGAGCACAGGUGUGAGCUAUACAUGUGUACGUUAUGUACGGAUACCAAAUCAUGUGACAUAGAUAUGUACCAGGUGGAGGGAAUUGAUGGAACUCAAACACCCCUACAAUUUAAUCAAUUGUUCCUUGUACCAUUUCUGACGGAUAAGUCCCAAUAAGUCUGCAGUGGUGGAUUUGUAGUAGAAUCUCAAUCACGUGAGCGUCAGCAGGCAGCUGACGUAGAGUUCACUUAUUGUCAUAGUUACAGUGAGGCUAUGCCCCUAUUUCGCAAUGAUACAGAAAUUUUUAACAGAUCUGUGGAUCCAGACUACAAGCCGCAUCACUGCCAAAAUCUAAUUAGUUGGUCAUUGUGUCAUUUCUGACCUUCCCUGAAAAUUUUAUCCAAAUCCAAGAAUCUGUUUUUGAGUAAUGUUGCGAACAGACAGACAGACGAACAAACGUACUCCGAUCGUCAAAUAACUGCUGCCGUUCCUUGGUGAAGUAAUAAUUCAUCUUUCGGACAAGAAGUUAGAAAAGACAAAGACUUCUUUUCUCAAUGAAAACAUAUUUCUACAAAGUAUCAUUAGCUACAUAAAGAAUAUAAAAUAUAUUGUUAGAGACUGCAUAAGUAUUCGCCCGAUCCAGUAUUUAGAAGAUGAACCUUUGGCAGCAAUUACAGCACUGGCCUCAUGUGGAUAGGUCUCAGUCAGCUAUGUACAUCUGGACACUGCAAUUUUAUCGCAUUCUGCUUUGCAAAACUGCUCAAGCUUUGUCAGGUUACAUGGAGUGUGCUGUAAGGGAACAGCUCUGUUUAAGUCCAGCCACAAAUUUCCAGUUGGAUUGAGGUCUGUGCUCUGACUUGACCACUCCAUUCACCUUGUUGUCUUUAGACAAUUUCUCUGUAGCUUUGGCUGUUUUCUUUGGUCUGGAAAACAGAUCUUCUCCCUGGUUACAGUUCUCUUGCAUCAGGUACCUCUACAAACCUUCCAGGACCUGCUGCAGAGACUCAUCCCCACAUCAUGAUGCUGCCGUGCUUCACUCUAUAUGCAGCGUUUCAUGUCCGCCAAACACAGCGUCUAGUCUGAUCUCCAAAAAAAUCAAUUCUAGGCUCUGCCAGUAUAGCUUGUAACUCCUUCAGAGGCCUCAUAGGUGUCUUGGUGGCCUCUCUCACUAGCCUCUUUCUUGCAUGUUUAAUCAGUUUCUGCUACAGGCAGAGUUACACAUGUGCCAUAGUCCUUCUUGUAUUCAUCCCCUGAAUUCUGCUUUUUAAAAACAUUUUUAUGAAAAAUGUUUUUCUGUCUUCAGGGUGUGCUUGUAGCCAGGAGUACUGAUUUACUAGUGACUGGACCUUCCAGAUACAGGUGUUGUUAUACUAGUAUCACUGAGUCACAUUCACGACACUCAGUUAAUUCCACUCCCUGUGUGACCUCCAGCAGCAGUUGACUGCACCUGUGUUGAACUAGGUGAGUCAUUUUAAAAGGGGUGAAGUCUUAUGCAAUCACUUAUGUUUUGUGUUUUUAUUUAUUUGACAUUUCUCUGUAGAGAUCUGUUUUUAUUUUGACAUAAAGGAAUUGUCAAGAAGGCCACAUUAAAUUGACAGUGACUCAGUAUUGAAAAGCCAAAAAAUGGGAAAACUUCUAAGAGGGUGAACACUUUUUAUAAGCAAUGUAACUCCUGUGUUUUUUCACUCUUAGUAGUUUUUCAGACUUUUGUGCACUUACAAGUACUGUAUGAAAAAAGUAGUAGGUCACCAAUUUAUAUUGAGUGCUUUUUGAACAAGUUCGUCCCGGCCCUAAAAAGAAGGAUGACAGUGUAGGUGUAGCAACGAAACAUUUCACUGAAUGUUAUGAGGGCGAGUUUGAGGGUCUGUUGCAAACAUGAAGCCGUCAGCUGUUUAUCACAUUUUAUACAGUAAAACUGUGUGAUAGUAAACCUGU